CAUUUAAUUAAGCAGCUGAGAGGCAUGAGUGUGGUGUUAGUGCUACUUCCUAUGGUGCUGUUUGUUGUGCUUGCGGGGGCUCAGCGAGCUUGCCCCAAGAACUGCAGAUGCGAUGGCAAGAUAGUGUACUGCGAAUCUCAUGCAUUCAGAGACAUCCCUCAGAAUAUUUCUGGAGGGUCUCAAGGCUUAUCGUUACGGUACAACAGCAUUCAGAAGCUUAAAUCAAAUCAGUUUGCGGGCCUGAAUCAGCUCAUAUGGCUUUAUCUUGACCAUAAUUACAUCAGCUCCGUGGAUGAGGAUGCGUUUCAGGGGAUCCGCAGGCUGAAGGAAUUAAUUCUAAGCUCCAACAAAAUUACCCAUCUGCACAACAAAACGUUUCACCCGGUCCCCAACCUCCGCAAUCUGGACCUCUCGUACAACAAGUUGCAGGUGUUGCAGUCUGAGCAGUUCAAGGGCCUUCGUAAACUCUUGAUCCUGCAUUUGCGGUCCAACUCGCUGAAAACCGUGCCCAUCCGAGUUUUCCAAGACUGCCGCAACCUUGACUUCCUGGAUUUGGGCUACAACCGCCUGCGGAGCUUAUCCCGUAAUGCUUUCGCUGGCCUUUUGAAGUUGACAGAGCUCCACUUGGAGCACAACCAGUUUUCUAAGAUCAACUUUGCCCACUUUCCACGCCUCUUCAACCUUCGCUCGAUUUAUUUGCAGUGGAAUAGGAUCCGGUCUAUUAGCCAAGGGUUAACGUGGACUUGGAGUUCCUUGCACAACUUGGAUUUAUCAGGAAAUGACAUUACAGGGGUAGAGCCUGGGACCUUCCAGUGCCUCCCCAACCUGCAGAAGCUGAACCUGGAUUCCAACAAACUCACCAACAUCUCUCAGGAGACCAUCAAUACGUGGAUCUCGCUCAUCUCCAUCACUCUGUCCGGAAAUAUGUGGGAAUGUACUCGAAGCAUUUGCCCGCUGUUUACUUGGCUUAAGAAUUUCAAGGGAAAUAAAGAAAGCACUAUGAUAUGUGCAGGCCCUAAACACAUCCAGGGUGAAAAAGUGAGCGAUGCUGUGGAAACCUAUAAUAUCUGUGCUGAAAUCCAGGUGGUGAUUACUGAAAGAUCGUACCAGGCACCCAAAACCCCCCAGAGACCUGUCUUCAUUCCUAAACCUACCAUUUCCAAACUGGAAAGCAACCAGCUGACAUCGGUUAUGCCAAGCCCUUCUGCAGACCUCCCCACACCCGGAGUGGAACCAGAGUAUGAGCACGUUUCCUUUCACAAAAUAAUCGCUGGGAGCGUGGCCCUCUUUCUUUCCGUGGCCAUGAUUUUGUUGGUUAUCUACGUGUCGUGGAAGCGCUACCCAGCCAGCAUGAAACAGCUCCAGCAGCACUCUCUCAUGAAGAGGCGCAGGAAAAAGGCCCGAGAGUCUGAAAGGCAAAUGAACUCCCCUUUACAGGAGUAUUACGUGGACUACAAGCCAACAAACUCUGAGACCAUGGAUGUAUCGGUUAAUGGAUCUGGGCCCUGCACGUAUACCAUCUCUGGCUCCAGGGAAUGCGAGGCUCUGCCAGGCAGUGGUGAGAUUUCACACAAAGGCUUUGGACUCUCUGCUCCAGCUUUUCUUCAUCCAUCAAAGGUCCCUCACCACAUGAAGACUUUACCCUAUUACAGUUACGACCAGCCAGUGAUUGGAUACUGCCAAGCUCAUAAGCCUCUCCAUGUAAAUAAGGGGUACGACACCAUGUCCCGGGAGCAGGCUGAGACAACCAACCUGGAACUCAGUCGAGACCACAGCUUCAUAGCUACAAUCGCGCGUUCGGCUGCUCCAGCCAUUUACAUUGAGAGAAUACCAAACUAACGCGGAGACGACUGCGUCAGGGGGCGGAGUGGGGAGGUCUUCUGAGGGACCUUUCAUCUCAGAAGAGACCAGGGCAAGGAACUCAGAUCUACCAUUCCAGUUACAAAUGUUCCAACACAGACAAAGGGAAGGGGAUAAAGCAAACUCCGCAGACUGUGGAAGUGCUCUCUUGCAGUACACACUGAGAACUUCAGGAUUUUCUUUGCUUUAAACUUUCAAACAAAUUCCUCAAUGUAAAUAUUAAAGAGAGAUUGUCAAGUUCUUAUUAAAAAAAAAAAAAUAGAUUUCACUCUAGCUACAUAAAGGGAUGGAUUAAGAGUUUUGUUUGUAUAUUUGAUUUUUCUACAUUGCACGGUUCCAGGGAAGGAGAACCACAGGGAAGGAGGAAUAUGUACGGAGGUACACAUUCUGUGUGCUAGGCAGCUUGCAGGGAAACACGGGCCUCCAAAGUCAA